UGCAACUGUCAAACGCUAAAAUCGUCCAUUAGUCCGUCACACGGACGACGCCAUAUUUGAUUAAUUUAAUUGUUGGAUCAUACCAAACUGACGCUAUAGCUUGAAUUUUGUUCCGAAUGGAAAAUCGUGUUUCUUCAUAAUUAUAAAAUUUACGUACCAUCUGCAUAAGAUAUAAAUAUUAUGUCGGGAGGUAGCGGCAACAAUAGAAAUGAGUGCAGAAUAUAUGUCGGUAACUUACCUCCGGAUAUUAGGACAAAGGACAUACAAGACCUAUUUUACAAAUUCGGCAAAGUUACAUUUGUCGAUUUGAAGAACAGGAAAGGGCCACCAUUCGCUUUCGUCGAGUUUGAGGAUCCUAGAGAUGCUGACGAUGCAGUCCGCGCCCGCGACGGUUACGACUAUGAUGGGUACAGACUACGCGUGGAGUUUCCUCGCGGUGGCGGCGGUGGAGGCAUGAGAGGAGGCCGAGGAGGACCCGAGCGGUUCGGAGCCAGGACAGCGACCAGGGGACCCCCCGCUCGCCGAUCAGAAUACCGUGUGCUCGUCACUGGACUACCACCAUCAGGGUCCUGGCAGGACUUGAAAGAUCAUAUGCGGGAAGCGGGUGAUGUCUGCUUUGCCGAUACCUUCAAAGAUGGCACAGGUGUGGUGGAGUUUCUACGUCACGAGGAUAUGAAGUAUGCUGUUAAGAAAUUGGAUGACUCAAGAUUCAGGAGCCAUGAGGGCGAGGUGUCGUACAUACGUGUGAAGGAGGACUACGGGGGCGGCGGUGGUGGCGGUGGUGGUGGUGGUGACAGUGAGAGCGUGUGGUGUGGGUGCAGGUCCCGGUCGUACUCCCCGCGGCGGCGCGGCUCCCCGACGUACUCCCCGGUGCGUCGCUCGUACUCGCGCUCCCGCUCGCGCUCCCGCUCCCCCUACUGAGGCGCUCUCCUACACACCAGCGCCAGCCGCAGCAGCCAGCGCCGGAGCAGCAGUCGUCCGACUAGACUAGUUACACUAGCUCUACACAUAACUAGCUCUACAUAUUUCACGGCCCGUUGCAACCACGCUCUUAUCUGUACAAUUUUCGGCUCGUCCCUAAAGCGAUGUAUGUACUGUGUAGCUAGAUGUUUAUACCUGUUCAUAUCAUGAAAUUAUGGAUUCAAUUUGAUCUGUGUUAUUGUAGUAGAUAUUAAUGUUAUACGUGUGUUAUUGUCGAGUGACGGUCAUUCGUUUGUAGGCUGAGAAUUUUACAGAUAAAUUUUUGACUAUAUAAGUUCUUUAUUUCAAAUGGUUAUUUUAAUAAUUCGACAUAUGAUAAGUGUAUAGAUGAGGGACCGCGACGGGCCGUCGUAAUCUUUUGUAAAUUAAUUUUAAUAUGACAAAACAAUUAUUAGAUAAUUAAAUAAGUUUUCUUUUGUUUCAUCCACUGUGGAUUGGGAUCAUUGGAUGUGCUUGGCUGGAGGUGUGAGUCAGGAUGCCGUAGGAUCGGAUCGGAUCGGAUCAGGGACGGAUCGGACGGACGGGUGUUAGUGUCGGAUUGGAUCGGAUCGGAUCGCAGUAGGACGGUGCCGGUGCACUCUCGCACGGAGUGGGAUCGUACCGAAGGAUCUCGGAUGUGGCCAGUCGGGUUGUCGGACGCACAGAACGGACCGAACGGACCGAACGGACGCCGGAUCACGGAUCUUUGGGUAUGAUUUUGUAAUUAUUGCAAAUAACUUAUGUUGAGUGCACGCUCGGUACAAAGUAUUAUGGCAUGUUUACACGGCGACAGUUCGCCGCUGUCCCUCUCGCCGUCGCGUCUAUGCCCGAUUACCAUCACCAUCCGCCUCCGCCUGUCGCAGUCACUGCGAGAAACGCCCACGCUCGUAACUUGCGUCUUGUGAACGAGCGA